AUGGCUGCCGGGGCGACCAACGGCUGCUCUCUCUUGCGCUCCUCCGCUGCUCUGUCCGCUCCGUUGUCCGCCUUCAGUCUGAAAUGCUCCCUCCGCUUGCGGUCCUCCGUUCUAUUUGCGAAUAUGGCCUGGUACUCUGAAUUCCCGAGGUCCCGCCCUGGCUCUCUCUUCCCUUCUCUUGUCGGCGGCACUUUUGUUCGGACCGUCUCCGUUCCCCGGCUUGUUGAUCUGGUUAUGGAGGAACUAGCAGAGUUGAAAUCCAAGAAGCAGCUGUGUGCGGCUGGGAAGUGAGUCUAUCAUCAUCUCCUUUCUGGCUUCUUUUUUCUUUUUAUUGUUUCCUCUGCUCUAAUGUCUAGAAGUAGCAAAGAAUCAAUCGCCUUCAUCCUCUUGUCGAAUUCCCGGCGAAUUUUCAGUUUGAUUUAUAUUGAUGGGAUAAGGCCUGGCGAAGUGAAAGCUGUUACUACUGUCCUGUUUUUCUGAACGUAUAUGAAUUUUGUGAUGUUUGGGCUGGGUGGGUGCUCUUCUGGGUUUCGUCUUCCUUAUGAGUACGGAAAACUUAGAAGUCGAAGGUGUGGGUAAUCUGAGGUGCCCUCUCUGCUCUUUUUCAUCGGUAAAAUAUGAGAUCAAUAUAUCUAAGAUUUCCUUGCCACUUCAUUUUCGCAAUUUGGGUACCUCUUUCUAUAUAGCAUCCUGAAAAAUCUUGGUUUUAUUUGCAUGGGUUGUGAAAUAAAAUGGGCGUGCUAAUACAGCCUGCAGUUUAGAACCGAUAUUUUUUCUCGUUGUCAGGAAGUCGGCAAAUUGAUAUUUUUUUAAUAGUCUGGGCGUGACAUCACAUGAUAUUUGACGCACCUUUUUCAUUUGCAGAACAAUAUUACUCAAUAAUGAGUUAAUGGAAGAUAAACUUGAUAAGCAGGUCCUUCAGAAAGGAAUGCUUCUCGAGUUCCGAAAAGACUCUGAAAGAGUCUUGCUAGCAGUUGCCCAGAAACCUGACGGGAAGAAAAACUGGAUGGUCUAUGAUCAGGUUGUUGUAGAGACUAGCUUUCUGCCUGCUGAAUGCAUUACUUCUGGUGCCGUCAUCUUUUUGAGCUGUUAUCUGUUUAUUUAUUUCAUUUUUAGCAUGGAGUAAUCGGGUGCCUAAUUUUCCUAAAUGUUUUUUUCUCUUCUUAUAAUGUCUGAAAACAGAAUGGAGUCAUAUCAUCUAUUAAGCCUCAGCAAAUUACAUAUAUUGUACCAGGUGUCAAUAAUUUCGAUCACACUGAAGUUAUGGGCUUCGUUGAGAGAGCACAUAAUCUCUUGGUAAGUUGUCUAAUUUCAACUCAGAUCCACAUUUUUCCUCAUCUUAUUUGGCAAUGAUCUAGCGCAGGACAUGUCCAUACUGGAGUGCGCAUGGGCUGAGCUUUUUGAACAGAACAAAUUAAUCACAACAGAAGAACUAGCUGAGGUACAGUAGGCUUAGCGUAUUACUUCCUCAUUUUGGUCUAAUCUCCAUCGUUUAAACUAGUUUGCAUUUCUUUUUUUAGAUUGUAUAUGGUUGCAGGGAGCCACUUGAAAGCUAUUGUGCCCAUCUCUUAUUGUCAAAGGACGAAUUUUAUUUUAGUGUCAAGGAGAGUAAAGGUUUUUCUUCUGUUUAUCAGCCUCGACCGUCCAUUCAAGUAAGUUUUCUUAUGUAUCAAUCCUUUCUGUGGUGAUGGUUGAAGUUGUGCUGAACAAUUAUUUGUUCUUUGAUGAAAUAUACUUUGACUUCCUGGACUGUCUUCUUCCUCAAUCUAGGGUGACAGAUGUAAUCAACUUCCUUUCCCGGAGGGUGUAUAAUGAUAAAAAAAUUAAAUUGCUUUGGCAUUCAUUCUCUACGACUGUUAAAGAAACCACAAGGUAUCUUGAACAUAAAUCCAGCUGAUCAUAGAAUAUGCAGUGGAAACCAUUCAUACAAUUUUAAAAAUGGCUAGUUUUACCUAAAGGUAGACCAAAUUCAGGUGCUUUGGGAUACAAUGUUAUCAAGUACACUGGAUGAAAUAGUUACAACGGAAUUUUUUAUCUACGGUGGUAUUUUUUUUGAGAAAAACACUGUGUUGGAAGGGUUUCUGCCUCCUUUGAAAGCCUUGUUCUGCUGCCCUGAAUUGUUAAGUUUGCCCAUAAAGGCAUGAAAACGGUUAUGAUAGCAACACCGUUAGCAUGCAUUCAGUUAGAAUAGUACAACUAUUCUAGAAAAUUUGAGCUAGAGUCUUUAAUAAGAGGCUUCAUUGGGGUGUUGUAAAUAUCUUGAUGGGUGAACAGGGAGUAACAUGUAACAUGGAGGAUGUGAGAAGAAGCUGAAUGUCCAAAUAAAUGUUACUAUGGUUCGUGGACAUAGUAACAUUUGUAAACAUGGCAGUGGUGGCCAAUGCUUUGCUAUGAUGGCUUUGCCUUUUUGUUGAAUAAUUUGGCGUCCUUUUCUGCCACUCAUUGCUGGCUGGAAAAUAUUUAUUUAUCUGCCAAUAUGAUUCCUAACAGUGUUUUAUUUCUUCAGGUUGAGGAACUUAUGCAGCGGAAGCAAGCCAAGUUGGCUUCUGAGAAGGAGCAUGAGGACUUUAUCCAGCUACUGAUGUCAGCUAUGGCGUCAGCUGUUACUGAUAAGCCUCCUAAAUACUCAUGGAAAAUGGAUGAGAAGAUAUGGUCCAAAAUUGAAUCCCUUGAGGCUUAUGCAAUAGAUGCAUGCAAAUCUGAUGAAGAGAAGAAGACUGCUGGAAAGGUAAUGCCCACUCCGUAAAAGAUGAUUUAUAAUCUAAGAAUCGAUCAUGCUGUUAAUCCUUUUUCUAGCUUGAAAUCCUGGACUUGAUAUUUUAUCAGUUCGUAUGCUGAUGAAAAAAAAAAUCUAUUUUCCAAGGAAAUGCUCAUAAGAUCUUCCAAUAAACAUUUCGUUGUGGGACUCAAAAAAUACAUCCCCUUGCACAAUUUGUUUGGUUAUUAAUUUCGUGAAGCAUGAAAUGUUGAUGUGCAGUACAUUGUGAAGUAAUUCAAGGCACAGUUUUCUUUGUUCAUAGACAUUACAUGUUACUCCGAAAAUAUGAUGAAGACAAGGUAAUGAUGCACUUCUCAUAAGUAAACCUUUCAAAUUUGAAGCUUUGGCUUUGUUGGGAAAACUGCUAUUACCUUAUUCAAAUACUGUGAUAUGUUUUUUCCCAAAAUUUUCACAAUACUUUGUCAAAAACCGUGACACUUUAUUUUAAUCCUUUGAAAAACAAAAUGUUUAGGUCCCUGCUUAAUUAUGUUUAGAAAGUUAAUCUAUUAAAGUAUGUUACGCCGUAAUCUAUUAAAGUACGUUUAGAUACUUUUUUUUGGGUUUGGAUACUUGCUAACUAAGAGUUAGUCUCUUCAACAUGCCUUCUCAAAUUCAGCAUAGAUGUUUUUUAUGUUCAGUUUGCACUGUAGGAAGCUAAUUGAUAUCCAGUCAGCCGACUAAAAUUGACAUCUGCUGCCUAACUUUUGUUAUGAAAGCGUGGCAGACAGUGUUUUCCUACUACAAGUUUCUCUCUGAUAAUCUAUCAAUGAAUCUAACUAUCUUUUCUUUGAUCAUGUUUGAUAAUUUAAUAGCUAAGUUGUAGUCAUAACCUCAAUAGAUUCUUAACUGUCAUGUCCUCUGUUUAAAGAUAAUCAUUGUGGCUUAUUCAGAGAAUCAUUGUAUUCUAUGUUUUAUCACUGGAACUUGCAUACGUUCUUUGCAUUUUCAGAUCAUUGGAUUGCCUCCUAAAUAAGUGCAUAGCCAUUUGUUGGUCUCCUACUGUUAUUAGAGCUUUUCGCGUAAAUAUCACCCUGUCAUUCAAGCUGGGGACUUUCAUUCUUCAUGUGGACGUUUGGAGUAGCAUAUGUCAAGUUAAGGUGACGAGUCGACAUUGGUAAUAUCUUUUGUACUGAGACUUAAAAAUACUAUAACUUAUGCAGUAGAAAAUUGGUCUUCCUCCUCUCUCUCUCUCUCUCUCUCUCUCUCUCUCUCUCUCUCGCUCAAAAUUUAUAUCUGAACCUCACAUAAGAGCUCCCCUUGUUGUUCCUCCAGGGGGUGGUUAAACUCAUUAGGGACUUAGAGUAGGUUGGACGCUAAUAUUAUGCAUCUGCUUCAAUGAAUAAAGAGCCCAGUUUCUUCUAGCGAUCUGUAUACCCAGAAGGUACAUGAAACAGCCCAUCUUGAUAGCAUGGACCAUGCUCACAGUGGAACUAAUUUGACCAGAAUUUCAUCUAAAAAGGUAUAUUUGAACCGGAAAUUUUAUCAAAAAGCUAUGUUUAUUGGCAUGUGUUACGAAACUACUUUCUCCAAAUGUUCUGCUCUUUUUUCCUGGUGGCAGCUUGAUCAUGAUAAGUGUUAACAACUCAUGAAUUAGUUAACUCAACUCUUGUGCUCUGCUAAUCAACGUGUAGCGGAUUCAUUUCUUAUUCUCUGAUUCUCAGAUUCUUCGGGCAAUGGGAUUGCCAAAAAUGUCGUCUUCUGCAAUGCAGCUUCUCAUCGAUAUUGGAUAUUUUCCUGUGCAUAUCAAUCUAGAUUUAUUGAAGUACAACGUCUGUACUGAAUUUUCUGACGAAGCUCUUGUGGAAGCUGAGGAUGUUCUGUUAGCUUCCUCAGAUCCAGAUGAGGUAACUAUCUGCUUUCUUCUUUGAGUGUGUGCUUCUCUUCUGAUCAAGGAGCAAGUCUCCCUCGAUCAUUCUCUAAUUUUCUUUUUUUCCUUUAGUUGAAUCGAAAGGAUCUUACAUUCUUAAAGGUCUAUGCUAUUGAUGUGGAUGAAGCAGAUGAGGUGAAUUAGAAUACAUAUCAUUUUUUUUGUGUAGAUACCAUUCAAAUUCCUUGAUAAUCUUACGCCCUCUCUUCCAUUCCAUGAACAUUAUUUUUAUUCUCAAUCUUAUUGUGAACAACAGCUUGACGAUGCACUUAGUGCAAUGAGGCUGCCGGAUGGAAGGAUUAGAAUAUGGAUACACGUUGCAGAUCCUACUUGUUUUGUCCAACCACAGAGCGUCAUUGACAGGUUUCCUGAUCAACAGAGAAACAAAAAUCCUUGGUUACCGCUAAGUAAAAUUGCUAAUGAAAAAUGACUGUAUGAUAAUUUAUUUAUUUACAUUUUAAGUACAGGGAAGCAAGGCGAAGAGGAACAUCUGUUUUCUUGCCCACUGCCACUUUCCCUAUGUUUCCUCUAAAACUCGCUAUGGAGGGAAUGAGUUUGCAGCAAGGAAAAACUUGUCGGGCUGUCAGUGUAUCUGUUGUUCUUCACCCAGAUGGCAGGUAACUGCAAGUGGCUAUGCACAUGUUUGUCUUAUGAACAGUUACUUUUCCGUCUAGAACGAGUGUUACAAACUUAUGAAUUUGUAAGACUACUUCACUUUCCAUGGCUUUUAGCAUUGCAGAAUACUCCAUCGACAACUCAAUCAUUAGACCCACCUAUAUGCUGACGUAUGAAAGUGCAACGGAAUUGCUUCAUUUGAACCUUGAAGAGGAGGCUGAUUUAAAACUUCUUUCUGAGGCUGCUUCUCUCCGGUUACAAUGGCGCUGUCAACAGGUUGAGAUUCUGUGAUAUUAGACAAAUUAUAUGUAUACGUUGCUGGUUUUUACAUUUCCUACUUCGAUUUCUUGAAAAUUUCAGCAUCAUUAUCCUACUGUGGACAAUAUUGGGUUGCUCACUUGUACGGAAAAAAAACGGCUCGUCUUCCAUCUGGAGAUCAGAAAACUGGGUCCUAUAACAGAAACUAGAAGUAGUGGUAACAAAAACUAGAAGCCUUUUGUAGUUAUAUGUACCCAUGUUCUGAGCAUUGACUUAUGCUGCUUCAUCUGUUCUUUGGUUGAUUGGAAUUAUGCUGCUCUUCUAUCCGACUAAACUUUAAAACUGGAAUCCCCUGAAUGCUAGUUAGUAAAUUUCUAGCUCAUUGGCACUAGGAUUGGUCAGGUGAUAUAUUUUUUUAUAAGAAUUAAUCCAAUGAACUUAUAUUGCCUUCUAUAGUUAUACAUACGAUGUAUGGGAGAAAAAAUUGCCAUAAUAGAUUCCCAAAACCUUGGACCAGGGAUGAUACUACCAAAUGCGAGCAACUACUGAGGCUUUGAGAGCUUGUCUCGAUCACUAAAAAUAUUUGUUAAGGUAUUAAAAAUAACGAAGCUCUGAGCCAAGCAUGUAUAAUGAUUUAUUUUAAGGCUAUUUUUCUCCCUGGGUUUUUCCUAUUCAUAGAAAAUACUCUUCUCAACAGUAUCUGGAAGGUAGAUAAGGAAGAUGCGGGUGAAUAUCUGGCCGCCGUGGACUGUUUUCUCCAAUUAUUUUGAGCUUUCUUUGUCAGUUCGCAUUCCGUGUCCUCAUUUAGGGGUAAAUAACCUGAAACUGAUCUUCAGGAACAUCUUACAAAGGCAUCCACUACGUGCAUACCAAUCCCAGCAAAUCCUUAUUUCAUCUAAAAUGGCAUAUCACACACUCAGAUCCCAGUCCAUUCAAGUAAACCUGAAGUUUCCAAUUAGUGUGCCAAACAAUAGAUGGGUAUCAACUACUAUUAGAUGUCAAAUCAAGCACUGACAGAUGUGAUUAUUGGACGCUCUGCGGGGCUCAUCUGUUCUCUACCCACAUGAAAUGGGGGGGGAGAUAGAGAGAGAGAGAGAGAGAGAGAGAGAGAGAGAGAGAGAUGGGUACAUGGGCUUUGACCAGCUCAUACUAUUUGGGCUUCAAUUCUGCGGGGAAUCUCUUGUCAUACCAGAUGAUUCCUUCCAUUCAAGGGACAGCCGUUCCGCUCUGUCUCUGUAUCACUCUUUCAUGGGCCUGCAAUGAAUUUAUUUAUUUAUUUAUUUUCAAGCUUAUAUGAUCCAUGUUCCAGCCUAUGAAGAGAAAAUAAGGAAAUAUUCAUCAUGUUUUCGUCUCAAUGUAUAAACUGCAGAACUUGGGAACAGCUACUUUUGUAUAUUAUCUUGAAGAGAUAAUAAAAUCAAGAGUAUAUAGCUCCCCAUCUUCACCCACAUUCCGCUGUAUAAUAUAUAUUCUUUUUCAGGGUGCGAUUGAUACUGCAACGAUAGAAGCACGGGUGAAGGUGUCCAAUCCAGAUGAUCCAGAGCCGCCCAUCAAUCUAUACAUUGAGGAUCAGGCCGGGCCGGCCAUGAGGCUCGUCUCCGAGAUGAUGGUUCUCUGCGGGGAGGUCGUCGCCACCUUCGGCUCCUCCAACAAUAUCCCCCUCCCCUAUAGGGGCCAGCCCCAGACGAAUAUCCCGGCCUCCACUUUCUCUCACCUCCCAGAGGGGCCCGUCAGGAGCGCCGCCUUCGUCAAGAUCAUGAGGGCCGCAGAGAUGGACUUCCGCAAGCCCAUUCGCCAUGGAAUCCUUGGGAUCCCAGGAUAUGUGCAGUUCUCCUCUCCCAUUCGUAGAUAUGUGGACCUUCUUGCCCACUAUCAGGUUCUCCCUCUCUAGAUCUUCGUAUGUUCUCGUGAAUUCUCCAGCAGAGUAGGUGAAUUGAUGGGCAUCUGUGUUAUUUUCUUUUUUUCAGGUGAAGGCUUUCCUCAGAGGGGAUUCCUUGCCAUUUUCAGCUACUCAAAUGGAGGGCCUCGUGGCGGCAGUGAACACUCAGGGUAAGAUAGCUAGAAAGCUGAGCAACAUCAGCCUGCGGUAUUGGCUUCUGGAGUUCCUUAGAAGGCAACCUAGAGAGAGAAAGUUCCGGGCCGUCGUCCUCAGGUUCAUUAAGGACCGAGCCGCCACCGUGCUGCUUCUAGAGGUAGAUAGAUACUGCUUAUGAUACUCUCCACUUCCCUGAUUCUUUCUCACUUAUGAUACUGCUGGAGGAUUUGUUCAGGUGGGAAUUCAAGCCUCCGCCUUGCUAUCUCUCGGAAUUCAGGUCGGCGACGAAAUUUAUGUCCUGGUGAUGGAAGCCCACCCAAGGGAUGAUAUUCUCCUGCUCCGGGAGGUGGGAGUGGCUCACUGA